AUGUUCUACGCCUCCGUGAUUUGCAUCUCCUGGGCUUUUGCUAGCCUGCCUUUGACAUAUUGUAUUCCAGUUGGAGGAGCUGAACCAUUGCAAGUGGUUGAUGUUGUUGGAGCACCAACCGAUGACGUGUCCUGCCCAGUCCAUACAAAUCAAUACUUCACUGCCGGCUAUGUGACUGGUAACAUUGCCGACAUCGUCAGGAACGGCAAGAAGGGAUCAUACCCCAAACCUUUCAAUCCAGAUAGCGGCAAAGCAGACCAAUUCAACUGGGACCUAAACGACUGCGGCACUCGACAGACAAAUGGAGAGACGAUACUAGAGCUUCCUAUGUUCAUUGAUUCAACCAACAAUGACGAGGAGACUUAUUGGAGUCAGAACCCGGCUUCGAACAACAACAAACCUGGACCUUAUCGAGAAUACUACAUCGUCAAAUCCAAUGGUGCCUCUUCGCAAACUGAGAAUACCGCUACUUACUGUGGAGCUUAUGCUCACAAGGAUCUUAGCAGCAAUGGCGAUUUUGUUGCUUGCACUUGA